UCUCACUUUCUCUUUCUUUCUCCCCAGGACAUCAACAUCCAAAGCGCACCACGAGGCGUCUUCCCUCAUCUCAGCGCCAGCGCCGGCAUCACUCAACUUGACGCGACAUUGCCACUUUCCGACAGCCGCGCCUUGAACAUCAAAACAAGGCUGACUUCCGCCAACCACGAGCGCGCGCACCUGCCAGCUUGCCUUCACACAGCCUCGUCGCUCUCAAUCCGCGCAUAACUGCCGGUUCACCAACUUCUUUUCCGACUCAUCUUGCAUUCUGCGACAGCGCUUACUCUUCAGCUACUCAUCAAGCAAAUUUAUUUCUUCCGCCAACCACGCGCUCGACACCACUGCGCGCACCAAGGGAGAGCCACUUCAACAACAAUCUCAACCCGCGCCAACCCGUCACCAACAUCACACCACUAUCAUCAAAAUGUCUGGACUCGACCGAUCUCUCGACCAGAUCAUGAAGGACCGCCCGGCCUCCGAGAAGGGUCGACGCGGUCGCGGUCGCCUUCCAGGCCGAAAGGCCGCCGCCAAAUCUAAGGCAGCUACCACCGCUGUCAUUGCACCAGCUGGCGGCGUCCAGAAGAAGACCAAGGCUACCAAGCCAAUCAAGACACCAAGCGCACCUGCAGCAAUUGGUGAUAGCAAGAUUUCAGUUUCCAACCUUCCCGAGGACGUGACUGAGUCGAUGAUCAAGGAAUACUUCAGCACUUCCGUUGCUCCAGUGAAGAGAGUCAUCGUCAACUACGGACCAAAUGGACGCAGUCGCGGCUCGGCGACCGUAUUCUUUGGCAAGCCAACCGCCGCGCAGGAGGCUGUUAGACUCGAUGGUACCAAGGUCGAUGGACGCGCGAUGCGAGUCGAAGUCUUGCUGAGCGCUAACAGCGUUCCUGCCCCACAAGCACCAAAGCCACUCAAGGACCGUGUUUCUCAACCCAAGAACGCUGCCAAAGAGAAGAAGAAGGACGCGCCAAAGGCUGCAACGAAUGGUGCCGCAGCCGGCAGCAAGGCUGGCAAGAAGAAGGCCAAGUCGGGUCGUGCAGGUCGACCCAAGCCAAAGACAACCGAAGAGCUGGACGCAGAAAUGCAGGACUACUUCGGCAGCGGCGAAGCGGCGCCUGCCAACGGCACCGCCCAGCCAGCCGCUACCAAUGGCGGCGACACUGGCAUGGACGAGGUGUUGUAAAGGGGUAGAAGGCAUCGACAUGGGAAUUGGCGCAGCGAGAGGUGCGUGGCGGCUGCGUACUAUUCAAUAGCUGCUACAUUUCAGCGGUUUUUGACGACUGCUCUGCUUGAGCAUUGUCACAGUACGACGACGAGGUUUUCUUAGCGGGUUUGCAGAUGGGUUUACAGAUUGAGAAUGGUUUGAGAUAUCAUGGAGUAGAAUGGUUGUAAGCAAGAGCUUGGUCUGGGUCACAGGGUUCACAAAUGGUCUCGGUUCACCUGGCACAGCACAGCGCCAUCAUCUAUUCGAAGCAGGUGGUAGCGGGUGUUUCUCAGUCGACUAGGGCGCGCCCUGCAUCAUUUGUUGCCGCUCGAGGACCGGCUCUUUUCCAUUCAGGUCAGGUCAGGUCCAGUGCAAUCGCUUAGAAAUUCUGGCACAUCCACCACCUUAUGCAGGCUUGGUAACGAUCGACUCGCCGCCUAGCAGGUCAAGAUGCCGAACAUCCCGAAACAUUGUCGAGCUUUCCCCGGAAGCUCUCGACGUACACCCUCCACCAUGAACAACUUGCAGCAACGCGAACUGGUCGGCACAGCGAGGGCACUGCACCUUCUAGCCGCGCCUGCGGUGGUGGGUACACGGAGAGAGUCCACAAUUCUUUCACUCGCGAGGAGCCACACCGAACGCCCGAAGUGUAGCAGCAUACAUCAACACAGCCCGCUCACAUUGCUAUACACCAUCAAAGUGUUGGAUGAAAUGCACAGCACAGCACGUUCAGCAUGAUGUACUCGCGCAGGCUGCGUGGCUGCUUUGCGUUCAGAGCCUCGUUCGAUCUAGACAAGACGUGAACCGUGAUGUCGCUUCCUCACUGCGGGGCACUCGGUAGCCCCGCAAAGCAUGCAAACAUGAGCGCGAGCCAUGUCACCGACAUCGAAUGAGAGCGCAUCGCCGUUC